GCUCCCACUUCUACACCUUUAACAAACUUAACAAACAGACCUGGUCUUUGAUACCAUACCUUAACCAAACCAACAAACCAAACAACCACUUUAUCAACCAAAUUUCCAAACACUCACAAUGGCCAACGCAGUCGGUUGCUGCGAAAUCGUCAUCGCCUUUUUCCUCCCCUUCGUCGGUGUCUUCAUGCGCACCGGCUGCAGCUGCGAUCUGCUCAUCAACAUCUGUCUCUGCAUCCUGGGUUGGAUUCCUGGUGUCAUCCACGCCUACUACAUCUUGGCCAACAAAUAGAUCAUCGUUCUGUUGAUUUGUUCUUCAUGCGCCGGUCGGGACAUUUGUACGGUUUUUUGGGGGCACGCGCGCAACUUCGGCGUAUACCAUUUGAAUAAUAAUGAUUGAGGGUCGCGGAGAUGUGAUAUCGUCUGUAUAAUAUUGAGCAG